AUGCAUCAAGUUUUUAAGGAGUGGUGUAUUAAAAACCACUACAAAGCUGCCUCUAGAGGGACAUUUUCGAAGAUACUGACAAACGAAAAUAUCGGCAUUCAUCUUCCGCGCAAAGACCAGAGUCGCAUGUGUUGCAGUUAUAAAACGGGUAACAUUUCGAAAGAAGAAUACGAAAGCCAUAUUGCGAAGAAAACUGAGGCCCGUGAAGCCAAAAAGAAUUUCAUAGAAAGUGCAAACGAAAAGGAUGUGGUUAUAACAGUCGACGUUCACAGUGUUUUGCUCGCCCCAAAGCUAUUGGCUAGUGCAUUGUACUACAAAUUAAAAUUACAAUGUCAUAACUUUACGGUUUAUAACGUGUUAUCCAAAGAUGUGAAAAUUUACUUUUGGCACGAAGCAGAUGGUAAUGUAACUGCUAAGGAAUUCACAUUUUGUUUAAUAGACUACUGUCUACAGAUGUCUGUUCUGAUGGAUGCGGACACC